UACAUGAAUAGGUGUAUUGUGCAUUGUUCUGAAAUAGCGCCUGCCCUACAGAGAAAGGUGCAGCUGAAUGCAGAGGAUCCACAGUACACCAGGUCAAGACAGCUCGCUGAAAAUAUUGGUUUAUUUUUUAUGAAUCUUUUGUCAUGGAGAAGAAAGUGCUGAUUGUGUUUUUCUCAGGGCUCUUCACACUAUCCUCCUGUCAGUAUCACUAUGUAAAGGACCCUAAAAACUGGACUGAAGCACAGAGGUACUGCAGAGAGAAGUACACGGACCUGGCCACCGUAAGCAACAUGGAGGAUAUGAACAGACUGAACCACUUGACUAUAGACAGCGGUUAUGAUGGCGCAGUGUGGAUAGGACUGAAGAAGGGACAGUAUUCCAGGUGGCAGUGGUCUCUGGCAGACAUAGACCACUAUAGUAAGGGACAGACUGAGUUUAGUGAAUUUUGGGACCGAGACCAGCCAAACAAUUUGAAUGAAGAUUGUGGUGUCAUGAAGAAUUCUGGAAAAUGGCACGACUAUUUUUGUACUACGCAACACUUUCCAGUGUGCUACGACGGGACUAAGCCUCCAGCUGGUCAUUUCCUAAUGGUUCAACAGCUAAUGACCUGGAGGGAGGCUCAGCUCUACUGCAGGAAGCACCACACAGACCUGGCCAGUGUGAGGAACCAGACUGAGAACAAAGAGAUCUGUAACGUGGCCGGGAGUAACAACGUUUGGAUCGGCCUGUUCAAAGACACCUGGACGUGGUCGGACCAGAGUAACUCCUCGUUCAGAUACUGGGUCGGCAGACAACUGAACGAGUCCUGCGCUGCUUGGAAUCGCAGUACCUCAGGCCAAUGGAUAGACAGAGAAUGUCUGAAGGAAUGUCCCUUUGUUUGCUACGGUAACCCAAGACCCCCAACAGUCAAGAAGAUACAGGUAGUGAGAGUGCGGAUGACCCCAGACCCAAACAUGGACCUGAAUGAUGCUAAGAAGAGGGAGGCCAUUUUACAGCAGAUAAAGGAGAAAAUGAAGGCCAAUGAGAUGACUUGGAACUUGGAACUGAGAUGGAAAGAGCAGCCAGAUGAAAAGGUCUUCCACAAGGAAGAGAAGAAAGAGAACGACAGAGAGAAAAAAAGGGAGCCGAAAAAUAAGGAAGAGCUUUGAAUAGAAGCACAUGGAGUUAGUGUGCGGAUCGGUUGCCAUGUUAGUGUGCGGAUCGGUUGCCAUGUUAGUGUGCGGAUCAGUUGCCAUGUUAGUGUGCGGAUCGGUUGCCAUGUUAGUGUGUGGAUCGGUUGCCAUGUUAGUGUGUGGAUCGGUUGCCACCUAUAAUUAAUGAUUCCCUUCUCAUCUCACAUUGUAUUAAUUUAUCAUGAACCAUUAUUAACUAUGAGAAUUCCCGAGAAGCAGGUGUUUAGAGGAUAUAUUUGCAUCGUCUCAGGCAGCAAACAAAUAUAUCCUUCAAACACCGGCUUCUCUGGCAUUAUCACUUUUACACAACGGAUUACCAACAUAUUCAAAUAAUAAUUUGAGGAAGUCGUUCAGUCUUUUUGUUAUGCAUCUAU